CACGUUUUUCCAGCAAGGAGGACACUUAUAAAGUUAGGCCACUGAGGCACUCAAAAUAUUGGAACAUUUUUUAUACCCGCUGUCGAUCUCUAUUUGAGAAUUUAUUCAAUUUUCUUUACUGUAUGUUUCCAACAGACUUCUUGUUACACUGAUUGAAGCUUGAGCACGACUAAGCAAAUGUUUUUCUUCUAUGUGUAAAGUUUUCUGAGACUAUUUUAGAUUUCGGAGACUUGUUUACAAAACUAGAUUUACUUUGUUGCCAUGACAGCAAAGAGUGGCAUAAUUUGACGGUGGGGUAGUGAUGAGUGAGGCAACUAAAAGCGGUGGAAAUUUUUUGAAACACAAAAUGGAAUUGCUAGAAAUGACGGACGGUUAUGGGAACAACUUGUUAGUAAUUUCUACACGGAAUGUCAGGUCAUUGUAGAUAUCAACACCUGAAGAACUGUAUAAAACACAUGUUAUGCCAGCAAAGAUUCGAUGACCUUAAUGAAUUUGAGAUCCUGAGCAGUCGCCUCAAAGCAGGAACUAAACGACACGGUCCAGGAGACCCUUCAAAUAUGAAUCCUGCGUCGUUUUCAGCAUCAAAAAUCCAGCAAAAGUUGUUUUCGGUAUGGAGUUGUUGAUUAGUAGAAAGUUUCCCAUUUAUGUCUCCUGUAGAGAAACUCAGAAGAGGAUGAGGAGCCUGUAGCAGAUGAAGGAGAAGAACAUCCUCUUCCGAAUGUGACGGAAAAUGCAUACUAUUUUGAAAAUGCAGGAAUAGGUAUUGGGAAAAACGAAACUGUUCUAUUAAACAUGGCUAUUAAGUCUUUGGUGAAUACUCAAGCUGUUCAAACUGCUCGAUUUUGGGGGAAAAUUUAUGGAUUGACUCAGAAUUACUACAUAGUUGAGGUGGAGUUUCCUGAGGGGGAAGACAUAGACGAGGAAGAAAGUCCAGAUCCGGUUAAUCGUGAUACAACAGAAAUAGAUGAUGAAGAAGGAACAGAAGGCAAAGAUGUUCUACCAAAGUCCAAAUGGAAGCCACCAGUCAAAGUGCCGAGAGAGGAAAAUCAUAUUGGAGCUAAUAAGAAAGUUUAUUUCGUUUGUCAUGAACCAGGCCUACAAUGGAUAAAGCUCCCACCAGUAACACCUGAACAAAUAGUAGCUGCUCGAGCUAUUCACCGUCUUUUUACUGGAAUAUUGGAUUCUCCAGUUUCAUGUUAUCCACCUUUUCCUGGUAAUGAAGCUAAUUACUUACGGGCUCAGAUAGCACGAAUUAGCGCAUCCACCCAAAUAUCUCCACAAGGUUAUUAUACUUUCGGAAGUAAAGAAGAGGAAGAGGAUGAACUUGAAAAUGAAGAAGAAGGUGAACGACAGAAUUAUGUAAAAAAUGAAGAAUAUGAACCACUGAGUAUUAAUGAAUUAGCUGAUCCGAGUCUUAUACAUUGGGUACAUCAUACAUCCUAUAUUCUACCACAAGGACGAGUUUAUUGGUGGAAUCCAAAAAAAGGUUUGGGUGAUUAUUUUGAUGAAAUCAAUUAUGAGGAUGAAGCAGAGGAAAAUGAAGAUAGUCAAACGAAGAAUGUUAUACAGCCAGAACAUGGGCCACCUAUACUUACCCCAAUUUCAUCUGACUUACCAAUAUUUGGACAAAAACCAUGGUCGAUCAGAAUAAGUUCUAAGUUAAUACCAGAAUAUGCAUCUGUUGUCGUGUCUUCCAAUAUCUGGGUGGGGGCACAUGCAGUAUCAUGGGGGAAGCGAUUUGAAAAUAUUUAUGUUGGAUGGGGCUUAAAAUCAGUUACUUCAGGUUUUCAACCUCAGGUACAACCAGUUGAAAUGAAUGAAUAUCAAGAAGUUUCUGGUUUCAAUGAAACAACCGAUCCAACUCCCCAAGAAGAGGCUGCAUUAAGGGCUCUGCUUAAUCCACCUGAAGCGGAAGAUGAAGAUGUAGGUAAAGAGGAAGAAGAGGAAGAAGGUGACGACUGAAGAAAAAUGAUUUAUUUUGAUAAUAGACAGAUUGUUUGCAUACAACAAAUAAGGAUUAGGAUCUUAAAAUAUAAUUAUAUUUGAAAAAAGGCAAGAAAUCAAAAUAUUUAUUGAUUAUAACUUAUUGCUCAAUCCUAAAAAGUCGAUGCUAAAGUUUUAAUUCCUGCAAACUAAUAUAUGCCUCAAAUUAAAACGACAACUAAUAUGUACAGCUUGAUGAACCAUGUUUUGUUUUUUCAACCACUCAGUUGUCGAUAAUUAAACGAUACAUCUGUAUUAUUCGAAUGAGUAGAACAUUGAAUUUCUAAAUUUUCGUAGCUUAAUGUAAAUUCCUUUUUCAAAGAAUGAAUAGAUAACCAAAUUACAUUAGCACAAGUUUUGAUAGUUCAG